AUGUUCAUUGCCCUCUAUGUUGAUGACCUUAUCUUCACGGGGAAUAAUGCUGAGUUGAUUGAAGCAUUUAAAGAAGUGAUGAAGAAGGAGUUUGAGAUGACCGACUUAGGUCUUAUGAAGUAUUUCCUUGGUUUGGAAGUCAUUCAAGGGAAGGACGAUAUCUUUGUGUCGCAGGAAAGGUAUGCUGAGAAGGUCUUGAAGAAGUUUAAGAUGGCGAGUUGCAACCCGGUUUCCACCCCUAUGGAACUAGACACAAAACUUUCUAAGUAUGCAGAUGGAGACCGAGUUGAUGCGAGCAAAUACCGAAGUCCGAUUGGAAGUCUCAGGUAUCUUACAAAUACUAGACCAGAUUUAAUGUUGAGUAUUGGAAUAGCAAGUCGGUAUAUGGAGGAACCGAGGUAUACUCAUUGGAAGGCCCUAAAGAGAAUUCUAAGGUAUGUGAGAGGAAUUGUGUCACUUGGUCUGAUGUAUACUAGGACGGAUGAUUACCGACUAGUCGGCUUCUCAGACAGUGAUUGGUGUGGAGAUGUUGAUGACCGGAAAAGCACGUAUGGAUAUGUAUUCUUCAUGGGGAGCACGACGUUCACUUGGCUUUCAAAGAAACAGCCCAUUGUAACACUGUCAACAUGUGAAGCAGAGUACGUUGCAGCAUCCUAG